AUGAACGAAUCUAAAAAUACUCGGCUGUCAAACGGAAUAUGGCUCAAUAAACCAAAAGCAUGUUCUCAAGAGGCAGACAAAGUUAGCCUGGUAACAGAUGAGAAAACAGACUUUUGGCGUGAAACCUUUUACGGAUUUACCCGUGACAGUGGUCAUUUUUUGGGAGUAAGGACCGGCAGUGCCUUUACUGCUCAACUACGUAUUCAGGGAAGCUACGAGAGCCUUUAUGAUCAGGCUGGUAUGAUGGUACGCGUUGACGAUAGCCAUUGGCUCAAGGCCGGUAUUGAAAUCUCUGAUGGACAUGCAAUGCUGAGCAGCGUUUUGACGAAUGAAAAAUCCGACUGGUCCACAGCUAUUUAUGAUGAGAAUCCUAGAGAUUUAUGGCUUCGUAUUACUGUUGAAAGUGGGGUGCUAAGAUUGCAAGUUUCUUCGGACAAAAAGACAUGGCCGUUGGUACGUCUAACUCCAUUCUAUGUUUCAGAUCACUAUUUCGUUGGACCCAUGGCUUGUACACCUGAACGUAGUGGCUUAAAAGUCACAUUCUCAGAGUGGGUUCUCACAGCACCCUUGGGAAAAGCUUUGCACGAUCUAAGUUAG